GGAAAUAAAAGGGUUACCAAGAGAAACAGGAAGUGGCUUCUGCAGAAAACUCCCCUUGAUUUCAACGGAAAUUUGAAAACACGGACGAGAAGACAAUCAGAGCUUUGCAGCAAGCAACGCCGAAAUCGCUGCUGUUUUACUGAGGACUGCGAGCCAAUGGCUCUGCCGACGCUCUCCAAACGCUGGGCGAGCCGGAGCCUGGAGCAGCAGAUGCUUCGGCAGCGGGAUCGCGAGGAGCGAAUGCGACGCCAGUGGGAGACCCAUUCGCAGUACUUCAGACAGCAAGACGUCCUUAGCUGCAAGCAGGCACAGUGGAGUUCCCGGCAGUCUUUCCAGCAGAGCAUGGCGGCGUAUCAGCAGGACAGUCUAAAACAGGAAAAGACACGCAGCCUGGAGCAGCGGCGGGAAAGGCUGUGCGCACUGCUGCAGAACGAGCGGGACCAACUGGAGGCCGAACUGCGGGCGUUGGUUCCUGACCGCGCAGUGCAGGCCAGGCAGCUGCUGUGGAGGACGGAGGAGCUCCGCUCAGCCAGGGAAGAGCGGCAGAGGAUGCUGGCCCAGAAACUACUGCAGGAGCACUGGAAACGCAACAACCCAGAGCUGCAAAAGAUGGAGUCGGCUUUGCACCAAGAUCACGUUGUGAGCCAGUGGAAAGUACAGCAGUCUGAGAAAAAGAAGCGGGAAGAGGCAUCACGGGAAGAGGAGUUGCGCUUUGAGAACGAGCGCGAGCGGAAUCAGCAGGAGGCGCUAGAGAGGAUGAGGGAGGAGGAAGAGAGGAGGAAGGCAGAGGCCAGACAGCAAGCUGAGGAACUCCAGCAGCAAAUGAAGGAGCUCAAACUGCGGGAGGAAGAAGCUAACCGGCUGAAGAAGGAACAGGAGGGUUUGCUCUCUCAGCGCUGGGAGGUGGAAAGGCUAGAGGAAGAGCGGAAGAAACAGGAGGAGAGCAGAAGGAAAUACGAGCUAAGGUACUUCCUGAGCAGACAGUACCGAGCUCAGCUGAAGAAACGAGCCCAGCAGGUGCAGGAAGAGUUGGAGGAUGACCGGCGCAUCCUGGCGACUCUGCUGGAGGGCGAGGAGGAGGACAGGAGACUGGCCAGCGCGCGGCGAGAGCGGGCCGCGGCUGACGCUGCCUGGAUGCAGGAGGUGCUAGAGGAGCAGCUCCAGCUGGAGCGGGAGAGGGAAGCGGAGUUUGACAUCCUCCACAGAGAGGAGGCCCAGAGAGUGUGGGCAAUGCGCGAGGCGGAGUGGGAGAAGGAACGGAGGGCCAGGGAGCGGCUCAUGCAGGAGGUACUGGCUGGUCGGCGCCAGCAGCUGCACCAGAAAAUGCUGGAGAACAGGUGGGCUCAGGAAGAGUCCCUCCGGAGGCGUGAGGAGCUGAUUGAGCAGCUGGAGAAAGAGAAGCAGGCAAGACGACAGGAACGGGAGCAGGAAGAGGCGCAGAAGACGGCACGCAUGAGGGAGAUCAACACUCAGGUGGCACAACAGCAUAAGGAGCUGAGGGACGUUCAGCAAAGGGAGGAGCAGGAGGAGGAAGAGGAGGCGGCGGCUCAGAGGUGGCAGGAUGAGGAGCUUCAGCUGGAAUUGGACAGGACAUCCCAGCGAGGCUUUCAGGAGAAGAUUCACAGCCGGCCCAGAUCAGCCUGGACCUGAGGAAGCCAUGGAGCAAAGACAUGAGGUCAUAGAUUUCAAAAUUUAAGCAAACUGAACCCUGAAUUAUUCUGUAUCUAGGUUUUUUUAAAGCUGCAAAAUGUAAUUAAAUUAAAAUUUGAAACAUGGCUUCUUUCAUAGACAAGUGACUCCACAAUAAAAAAAUAAAAAUUG